CGCGGCCCUGGCCGAGGCCCAGCUUCUUCCGCUGCUUUCUGCUGCCGCCGCCUGGGUGUCGGGGAGAAGCCCUAAGUAACAGAUGCGGGUAAAAGAUCCAUCGAGGGCUAACCCUGAAAAAAACAAGAGAAACAAAAGGCCUAAUAGGCCUCAGGAUGAAGACUCUUCAGAUGACAUUGCAGGUUUAACCUGCCAACAUGUCAGCCAAGCAGUGGAUGUACAUCAUGUGAAGAGGGCAGUAGCUCAGAACGUUUGGUCAAUAUGUUCAGAAUGUUUAAAAGAAAGGCGAAUAAAUGAUGGCGAUCCAAUGAUUCCUUCUGAUAUAUGGCUGUGCCUCAAAUGUGGCUCUCAGGGUUGUAGUCAAAACUCUGAAAGGCCAACAUUCUCUGAAACAUUUCCCAAACUGCUCGCACAGACCUCAUGCAUUGUAAUCAAUCUCAGCACAUGGAUCAUAUGGUGUUACGAAUGUGAUGAAGAGCUGUCAACACACUGCAACAAGAAGGUUUUGGCUCAGAUAGUUGACUUUCUUCAGAAACAUGUUUCUAGGACUGAACCAAGUUCAUCAUCAAAAAUUAUACGACUUCGCGAAGAAAAUAAUGAAGGAAGUGAAACAUUGAAAGGAAGAAGUUCUGCAAAUGGCGCAUCAAUUCCAGUUAAGGGAAUAAAUAAUUUAGGAAAUACAUGUUUUUUUAAUGCUGUCAUGCAGAAUCUGGCACAGACUCACAUGUUAAAUGAACUAAUGUAUGAGAUGAAGGAAAAGGGAAUAAAGUUAAAAAUCAGUCAAGCUGAAGAUGCGCAAUUGGAAAGUGGACGGAAUCCGGUCCUAGGUGGUUUCGACAUGUGAAAAGAAAACUGGAAGAGUGCAUUGGAAACCAGGUGUUAAACUUCUAAGUGAAGGGUCAAAGAAGGGUUGGAAGACCCCCAACUGGAUGGAUGAAUGUCAUGCAAAAGGAUCUGAUUAGCUGUGGAGUUUCUGAGAAACUGUUUCAAGACAGACUGGAAUGGAGAAGGAGGACUCCAAGAGCUGACCCGAUAAAGAUGGGACUAAGGCUAGAAGAAGACUUGUAUAUGCUUGACAACUAGUUUUGGUGAAAAUGGGGAGGGGCUCGUAAUAGUCAACUAUGAUGUUCCAGAAGUCUAAAAUAAAGGAAAUCGUUAAUUUUAUAGGAAAGAUGUAGUUAAUUUUACUGCUACCAAAUAAUUCAUCUGUCUGUUACAGUAGUGUGUUUGGUGGGUCGUCAUAUAAUUUUAGAUUACUUCCCUUCCUUCUUAAUUGCUAUUUCUUUGCAAAUAGGAGAUAGAAGGUGAGGAAAAAUUACAAACUACAAAAUCUGAUGUCUACUAAAAUACUAUAGCACAAGAAUGUACAAAAUACAGGGAAGAGAAGUAAGAGCUGAGCUAUAUUGUUUAGUUCCUUUGACUUCAUCUUGGUGUGGUUUCUUACUCAAGCCUUGAAUUUGGGAAGCCAGUCUUAGAUGAAAGAAGUGAGAAAUAUGCAUAGAUGCUGUGCUGACAACACUUGAGAUUCUAAAGU